UCUCACAUUUCGAACCUAUAUAGUAUAUCCUUCUUUAAUACUUUAUCUUAGUCAAAUUUUUAAUUCCCAACAAAUUGAAUAAAAAUCGCAUAAACUAUUACGAGUUUAAACUUAAUAUUUUCCUCGAAUAUUCUCUGCACAAUUCCCAUUAUUCUUAUCAUCUAUAUAUAAUCAAACCCUCACAGUUACUUUUACAAACAAAAAAAACAUAACUCGAAUUUUUAACUCUUUGAAACGGUUUAAGUUACAGAGAUGAAUUUUGCUAGAAAGAAACGAGUCACCGAUCCGUUCGACGAUGAAGCCAAAGCUCGACUCGUCGGCGGUAAUUUCCGGCGACUGAGUGGCGUCAGUAGCGGAAGCGAGCAUUCCGGUUCUGGUGACGGAGAAUUCACUUCUUCACCGUCUCUGUCUGAGCUCGUACAUGAUUUCCUCGAGGAAGAUGAAGAAAACCAGCGUGACUCAGCGGAGAACGAUUUUGAGUCAGAGCGAGUUGACUCGGUUACUGAAUGCUUGGACUCGGUCGAGGAUCUGCUCUUAAGCGCUGAAAAUGCUCAUGCAGAUUCUUACCUGAACACGCUUCGCGUGCAUGUUUCUGAAGCGGCUGUGAAAUUCGCUUUUCUGAAGGAACAAAGCUUUUCUGUUUUCAAUCGAAACGUGAUGUCGUUUUUGCGUGAGAAGGGAUACAAUGCUGCGAUUUGUAAGACACGGUGGGAAUCCUCCGGCGGAAUAACCGCCGGCAGCCACGAGUUUAUCGACGUGGUGCGAUCUGGAUCGUCCACGUGGCAGAGUAGGUACUUCGUUGAGCUUGGUUUCGCCGGACAAUUUGAAAUCGCACGGCCGACGAGUCGUUACACAGAGAUUAUGAGUUAUGUUCCUGCAAUUUUCGUUGGAACAUCGGAGGAGCUGAAACGCAUCGUUUUGGCCUUGUGUGGUGCUGUGAAAUUGUGUUUAAGGAGUAGAGGGUUAUCGAUACCUCCUUGGAGAAAGAACCGGUACAUGCAAAAUAAGUGGUUUGGACCGUAUCGUAGAACCACGAACCCGGUUCAGGGAAAUCCGGUUCCAGGGGUUGUUUCUUCUUUCAGUGGUGCUAAAUGCAGGUUAGUUGGGUUCAACGACGCCGUUUCUGAGACUAGGCACAGCGUUUCAUUUGUCCGCACGAGAUAAAGCGAAUUUUUGAAAUUUUGUUGAUAUUUUAUAUUUUAGUUAAUUUUAUAAUAAUACUGUAGUUUGGGAUGAAUUAGGAUUGGGUUGAAUAUGAUACACUGUUAGUUACAUUAUUAAAUUGAGAGAACGUUGAAUGAAAACGAUGGAACUUAUAGAAAGUUAAUUUUUAUGUGGCAAAUCUACAUCGUCUAUUCUCUGCAGCGAGCAGAACAUUACAUUUACAUGCAUGCUGAACCAUUCCAGAACUUUAAAUAAAGGGCCCGUUUGUUUUGGCUUUUUUUAAAAAUGAUUUUUAUAGUGUUAACAAAUUUUGCGAAAUUUUUUUUUACAAAGAAACUUUUUAUAAAAGCUUCAAAUGAAAAAUCUGUUUGAAUAGUUAUUCUUAAAAUGUGAUUUUAGGUAUUUCAUUUAUUUAUGGGGAAAAAAUU